UGUUUCUUUCUUUCAGAAUUUCAGUUUUGCCCUGAAUGUUGUCUGCUCAAGAACUCUGGCGACUAGCUCCUUACUGAGCUCCUCAUCGCAAACCCAGUUCUAUUCUCCAGCUGCAGAGAGACCUGAUGGUGAUUUCAAGGUGACGAUGAUUCCCGGGGACGGUGUUGGUCCCGAGUUAAUGCACGUUGUCAAAGAGGUGUUUAAGGCUGCAGAUGUGCCAGUUCAGUUUGACGAGCAUCAUGUGAGUGAAGUUCAGAACAUGGCCUCAGAGGAGAAACUGGACGAAGUCCUUAACUCCAUGAAAUCGAACAGAGUUGCAAUUAAAGGGAAGAUCUACACUCCGAUGGAAUACAAGGGCGAAUUGUCAUCAUACGAGAUGAAGCUGAGAAAGAAACUCGACUUGUUUGCCAAUGUGGUCCAUGUUAACAGCUUACCGGGUUAUUCAACACGGCAUAACAACUUAGACCUGGUGAUCAUCCGCGAGCAGACGGAGGGCGAGUACAGCUCACUGGAAUAUGAGAGCGCUCAAGGGGUCAUCGAAUGUCUGAAGAUCAUCACCCGGGAGAAAUCCCGCCGGAUCGCCAAAUUCGCCUUUGAUUAUGCCACAAAGAAGGGUCGCUCAAAGGUCACUGCUGUGCACAAGGCCAACAUUAUGAAGCUGGGGGAUGGCCUCUUCCUGCAGUGCUGUAAGGAAAUGGCUGAGCUCUAUCCCAAGAUCAAAUACGAGUCCGUGAUUAUCGACAACUGCUGCAUGCAGCUCGUGUCCAAUCCAUAUCAGUACGACGUUCUGGUAAUGCCGAAUCUCUACGGAAACAUCAUCGACAACUUGGCAGCUGGUCUGGUUGGAGGAGCUGGGGUGGUCCCAGGAGAGAGCUUCAGUGCUGAGUAUGCAGUUUUCGAAACGGGAGCCCGACACCCGUUCUCACAAGCGAUGGGCAGGAACAUUGCUAACCCCACUGCCAUGUUACUGAGCUCUGCCAAUAUGCUGAGGCACCUGAACCUAGAAUUUCACUCCAACUUGAUCUCUGAAGCUGUGAGGAAAGUCAUCAAACUAGGCAAGGUUCGGACCCAAGAUAUGGGCGGUUAUUCCACCACCAGCGAUUUCUUGAAGAGUGUCAUCAAUAACCUGCAUCCUUCUCGUCUCUGCUAGUCUGCAUGAAGCUCUGGGCCUCUGUGCUGGAGGUUUGGACAUAAUGCUGUCAUUGGACCCCCUGGGGGAUCUCCUCUCUUCAUUCCCCUCUAAAGGAUGGAGGUUACGGGGUUUAUUCCCAUGCUCCUGGCUGGAUGGAAUUGGUAGAGCAUCAGCGAUGAUUCCAUCUCAGUGUAGAGCAGAUGCAGUGACCUGCUGUAGAAUUUUGCGUUUAAUUUUCGCUUUUGCUCUCCAUUAUUCCUGAUUUACAGAUUACCUCCUUUGCCUUUGUUUUGUUGGGAUUGAUUUUUUCUUUAAAGGUAUUUAGUUUGUCUCAUCCCAGAAUGGAGAAACAAUGUGUGAACUAACGGGAAUCAUGAUGGAAGCAAAUGUCACGAACAGAUCAGGUCACUCACUUCCAGAGAGUCUGAUGCUUUUAGCUUCUGAAUGAUUGAAUCUGGAUUAACGAAGAGCGUCACUCAGCAACAGGCCAUUUGCAGGGUCAUGACCCAGCUCCCUCUCCCCACACAGCUUCUGGUACACCUGUAAAAUGCUGCUUUUGAGGGAAUCGUUUCAGUACAAAAUAAAACAUUCCAGCACUUUGUCAACUUCAUAUCCGCA